CUGGUCUGUCUUGUCAUGAGGAUGUUAGGAGAUCUAUUCGUUUUCGGAUGUCUUCAAGAUAUUAUGGAAUAGCUGGAGAUAUGUUUGUUAGUUGUUAGAGCAUUUCUUUGGGUUCCAAGAUCUGAACAUCAACGGUUCAGGAACAUGUUGCCACCAGUGAAGAAGGAUCGGGUCAUUCACCGUCUCCCGAAGUGUUUUAGCCAUGCAGCGGCUCUUCACACCAAGGAAGAUUUCCAUCCAGCAGUCAAGACCUUCUGCCAAACAAACAAAAGCAGUGCAGUGCGCUUCAACAUCGCCAAGGUGAUUGUAGUGGGAGAUGUAGCUGUUGGAAAGACUUGUUUCAUCAGCAGGUUCUGCAAGGAGGCCUUCGAGAAGAACUACAAAGCUACGAUCGGGGUGGACUUUGAGAUGGAGCGCUUCGAGGUGCUCGGGGUCCCCUUCAGCCUGCAGAUAUGGGACACAGCCGGGCAGGAGAGGUUCAAAUGCAUCGCCUCCACCUAUUACAGAGGUGCACAAGCCAUCAUCGUGGUGUUUGACUUGAGCAGCGUUGAAUCGUUAGCCCAUGCCAGACAGUGGCUGGAAGACGCCAUGAAGGAGAACGAUCCGUCCAGCGUGCUGCUGUUCCUCGUGGGCACCAAGAAGGACAUGAGCUCCGCCGGACAGCAGGAGGACAUGGAGCGGGAGGCCGUGAGGCUGUCUGAGGAGCUCAAAGCAGAGUACUGGGCCGUGUCCGCCAAGUCAGGGGACGGCGUCAAGAACUUCUUCUUCCGCAUGGCCUCGCUGACCUUCGAGGCGAACGUUCUGGCGGAGCUGGAGAGAAGCGGCGCCCGACAGAGCAGUGACAUCAUCAAACUGACUGAGAGCACAGAGGACAGACACAAACGGCCCAAGAGCAGAUGCUGCUGAUGACCCCAGCAGGACCACGGAUUGGACGGCAUCGUGAGGAACGACAUGCCUGACUGAUGAGCAUCAGGAAGCUUGAUAGACCCGACCAGCACUUCAUUGGGAUGCUAGUUUGUGUGUGAGGACGUUGUGUAUGUCCAACCAGUAACACAUCAGAUAGUUGUGUACGUCCAGCCAGUAACAGGUCCGAUAGUUGUGUAAAUCCAACCCGUAACAGGUCAGAUAUUUGUGUAUGUCCAACCUGUGACAGGUCAGAUAGUUGUGUAUUUCAAACCCGUAACAGGUCAGAUAUUUGUGCAUGUCCAACCCGUAACAGGUCAGAUAGUUGUGUAUGUCCAACCAGUACCAGGUCAUAUUCAGUGUCCAGCUUCACAUGGGAAUACCGAUAUCCAUGUGGACAGAUUAAAAACAAGGACAAUAGCAUUCAGUGUGUUGGUUGCACAUUCCCAUCCAUCCAACCGUCGUUCAGAAAUGGGACGAGUCCACCCAUUGGCCUUUCUGUUGUCCUCCGCUGCUCCUUCUCCUCUGUGUCCUGUCAUGUGAGUGCUGCUAAUCGGACGCACACACAGACUCCCGUGACCUGUCACACAUUCCACCUCCCAGCACUCCGCGCAAAUGACACCACAGAUGGAGGGACUGUCCGGGGCAGGGCUAACAGGGGACCACACAGUGGUCUUAUUGGCCUUCUGCUGUCUGCACCUCAGGCUCAUCGGGGAGCUUGAUUGUUUGAAACGCCAGCCUCAUACAUUUCAACGCUAAUUUUCAAAUCUUUGCACCUGGUUGUGUUCUAUGUCACCACGGUUUUCAAAUGUGGGGAAAUAAAAGAUGGAUACUUA